AGAAGGGGCCGAUGAGCGGCCCUACGCACAGAAACAAAAAAAGAAUUAUUAUCAAUCAACCAAAAUAUGAUGAAUGUGAGCAAGGUAAAAGCUGUCUGUGUCUGUGUCUGUGUCUGUGUGUCUGUCUCCUGUGUUGGGGGAAGGGUCUGCAGACAUGGUGUUGUUGCAGCUUUUUCUCUCUCCAGGCAAAACCAAUUCACCAAAGUCUGAAGAUUAACGCCUUGGCACUGACAAAGACUGCGGGCGUCGCGGCUUUAUGGGACACAAAUGUGACUGCCGCAGUGAUUUGUGGAGUGCCAUGUUGGAAAAAAGACAGACAGAGAGAGAGAGAGCGCACACAAACACACACUUGUAGGCGCGUCCCCGUGCAUGCGCGCUCCGGCCAUCGCCACGUCCAGCGUGAGCGCGCAGAGGAACUGGCUCCAUGAGUGAGAUUUCUCAAGCUGACCAUGUGUAAAUAAAGCAGCACUGCCCCCGGAACGAGGCGUUACCCCUGCGAGUUUUUCGAUCAAUCACAGGGGACAGUGGCUUCUUUUGAUAAAAAAACCCCAAAUUGUCAUUGGGCAGAUGCAAUCAUGUGACGUGCUGCACGGUCUGAUUCCAACCAUGUCCCCGUGAAGGCGAUAGUUUAUGGCGCACAGGUCUCCACAUACGACUAUAAGCACGUUAGCAGUUUAUGACGAAUAAAACAGCUUCUUAUUUGUUUAUAUAUUUUUUAUUUCUUUUAUGGUUAUUGCUGUUAUCAUCUCUGCCCCCCCUCUGACAUCAGCGGGACCAGGAGACGCAGGAGGAGGAGGAUGAAUUACGAAUUUGGGCGAGAGAGCGGUUUCAUCAACAGCCAGCCGUCGCUCGCUGAGUGCCUGACAUCUCUCACUAACCCUGUCGGUGAUGCAUUUCAGAGUUCAUCAAUCAAGAGCUCGACGCUUCCACGGUCCACGCCGAUUCCUCCUCCUCCUCCUCCUCUUCCUCCUCCUCUCCCUGGCUUUGAGCACACCAUCCCCGGCCUGAGCCCGGGCGUCCACCCGCGGCACAGCCGCUCCAGGCUGCAGGCUCUGAGGGGCUGCAGCCCGCUGCGCACCGCGUCCCUGCCGCCGGAGUACCCGUGGAUGAAGGAGAAGAAGAGCAUCAAGAGAAGCCCGGCUGCUCCUGGGUCUCCUACUGCUGCCACCUCCUCCUCCUCCUCUUCAACUCCUACUUCUACCUCUACGGCGGCUGCUGGUGCUGCUGACUCCUCUCCAGUCUACUUCUCACCCCAAGGUUCCCCAGAGACGGCCGAGGGAGCAUCCCGGAGGCUGAGGACUGCCUACACCAACACGCAGCUCCUGGAGCUGGAGAAGGAGUUUCACUUCAACAAAUACCUGUGCAGACCCAGGCGGGUGGAGAUAGCGGCGUUGCUGGAUUUAACGGAGAAGCAGGUGAAAGUGUGGUUUCAGAACAGGAGGAUGAAGCACAAGAGGCAGACCCACUGCAAGGAGAACCGGGACAGCGAGGGCAAGUACGCCUGCGUGGUGGACGAGGCGGCGGAGGACGAGUGUGGGCAGACGGAGGACGGCGGCGCGGGAGGGAGGCUCCCGGAGAGCCAGAGGUAUUUCCAGCAGUGUCAGAACGGAGACAAUGCCGAGGAGCACAGGCCCCUGAACAGCAAUGAGAAAAAUCUGAAACAUUUUCCGAACGCGGCUCCUACUGUUCCAAUCUGCGCCCCAACAAUGGGCCCGGACAAUGAGGACGGGUCCGCGGGCCUCCACUGUGUCUGUGAGCAGGAGUUCCACGUUUUUUCCUCCUCCUCCUCCUCCUCUCCUUCUUUCUCACCGACUUUUUCAGAUUCCACACAAAGUCCUCUGUCUUUACCGUCCGAGACUUUUGACCUCUUCUCUGAAACCCUCACCACCAUCGACUUCCAGAACCUCACCUACUGACAAACACUUUUGUUUUUCUUUUUCUUUUCUUUUUUUUUUUAAAGUUCGGAGCCUCGUCCUCCACCAGUGUAGUCUCUCUUAGCAUCGGGUGGAUUUGAUUUUUUAAUACAUCUACAACAAGGAGGUAAGUUAAAGCAGAGAAAAGGACGACAUUUUCCAGAGGACAUUUUGACGUUUAUUUUUAUAUGGAGCUGAGCAGAGUAUAUUUCUGUAAAUAAAAGUUCAUACUGAGUGGAAUCAGAGUCUUGUUUCACAAGUGUGGAGAUGUUUUUGAAAAAAAAAAAAACUUGAGCAAUAACAUUUAAAAAAGAAAAUCCAAAUAUAUUAUUUUCAAAAUAAAAUAACCUCAGAGCUAUAAUUCUAAUAACUAUAUUUUAUGUUCCGUUGAGAGCUUCUUUUUUUUAAAUUUUUUUAUUUAUGUUGAUUUUUUGCUCCUUCGACUAAAACUCGACGAGACUGAAACCCAACAGCAGAGCAUUUAUCAUGUCCUUCCAGUUAAAUCUUGGUAAACUCCUCGGUGAGAAUCGACUGCUGAGCUGCAGGCCAGGAGCUGUGACUUUUCCUGGCUCUCAAAUUAAAUUUUAUUGCCUAUAAAACUCACAGCAGUGAAGCUGCUUGUUUAUAGCCUGAUGCACGUUGUUACACAAACCCUGUGGAUUAAGAAUCGCUCCUCCGCCAACCUAAUCUUCAGUCAUUUUUAAUUUUAGACCUGUAAUCCCGAAAU